AUGUCGUUUCGCAAAAGGAAUAUAGGCUUGACAGCAGGCACGGAUCGUGCAUCUGCUCCUAAUUCCUCUGCGCCGCUGCAGCACGCCGCAUCUACUCCGGAAUCAAGCCCCGGCAUCCGGCCCUCUCCCGACGAUGGACGACCAACUACUUCAACGGGAACGCCGUCACUAGAUAAUCUCCUUGCUGGGCACGGCGGCCUUCCUAUAGGGAAGGUCCUUUUGAUUGAGGAGAAUGGUACUACGGACUUUGCGGGCGCAUUGCUACGGUAUUACGCGGCCGAGGGUGUUGUACAGGACCAGAAGAUUCACGUCGUUGGGAUGCCUGAACAAUGGGGUAGAAGCCUUCCAGGACUGGUCGGCUCUGCCGAUGCCGCGGACGAUAAGAAAGACAGGCACAAAAGCGAGCGUAUGAAGAUUGCCUGGAGAUAUGAGCGUUUGGGUGAAUUCGGGGCGGGCGUUGCGGGAUCCAGAGCCCCUACUGCCAAUUCAGGCGACCAGUGUCCAAAUGCACAGAAUAGAAACCAAGCAGAGCAGCCAGCUUUUUGCCAUUCAUUCGAUCUCACAAAACGUCUUACUCAUCCUGGCAUCACAAACAUCGCUUACGUGCCGCUCGCACCGUCGAGAGAGCCCUUGUUCGUCUCGGUCCACAAACGACUUCAGGCCGCCAUCUCCCAGAGCCCACCGAACACAGUCCACCGGAUAGUCUUGCCCUCUUUGCUGAACCCCACGACCUAUCCACCUGAAGUCUGCCAGCCCGAGAAUCUUCUGCCGUUUCUUCACUUCCUCAAAGCUCUGCUGAGUUCACCUAUGGUGCGCGCCACGGCCAUGAUCACAAUCCCAUUAUCUCUGUUUCCACGGUCUUCCGGCCUGGUGCGAUGGAUGGAAAUUCUAAGCGACGGAGUUAUCGAGCUGUGUCCCUUCCCCCAUUCGGCCGACUCCCUCACGACAUCAGGGGCUGCAACAGCCCACGAGGAACCGCCACAGGGAAUGCUGAAGGUCCACAAACUGCCAGUUCUGCAUGAACGAGGCGGAGGUAGUGAUCAGAAUAUUGGACAGGAUUGGGCCUUCACGCUUAGUCGGAAGAAAUUCGAAGUGAAACCUUUCAGUUUACCACCCGCCGAAGGAGACAGGGAAGCACAGGACGCAGCAGCACCAAGCGGGAUGCCGAAAAAGGCAGAUCUUGAGUUUUAA